AAGGCACCCUUUGAACGUGUGGUAUGUGAAACCACUUUCAACGUCAUGGGGCGUGUAGGUUUCCGUUUUCAAGCUUUUGCCAUACAAGCUCUUCAAGAAGCUGUUGAGGUGUACAUGGUACAUUUGUUUGAAGACACAAACUUGGCAGCUAUGCACGGAAAUCGGGUUACUAUUCAACCAAAGAAUAUGCAUUUAGUUCGUAAGAUUAGGAAAGAAAAUGAUAACUCAGUAAUGUAGAAAAUGCAACUACAAUACUAU